GCAGUGAACCUCGUGUGCUUUGCUACCUUUGCGCGUCUCCAUGUCCUUGCCGCCGUCGAUAUCCGCCGUUCAAGAAGUGUGGCCCCCUCGAUGCCGUCUCCUGUGGUGGCGAACUUUGUCCUUGCUCCUGUCCCUUCUUCUUCUCCACAUGGGCCAGAGAAGGUCCUGACCGUAGACGACCCAGGAGGCUCGGCUUCGCGCGUAGAAAUCCAAUAUGUCGCUGAAGGCGCUGCAAACGUGGUCUGGUCUCUGGGCUCCAACCCGUCGUUGAAGGAGACGCUGCUUCGGUUGCGCAAGGGAACGUGGUCUGGGGAAGAACUCAGCCCACAGGCAUCCAAGAAACAGCGGCCGCCGCCGCCUUUCAUCUCGACCGUCGAGGUGCUCGAGCACUUUUACAAGCUCGUCAAGCCGCUCUUUGAGCCGGGCGAGCUCGUGGACCAAGAGCUCGUGCGCGUGGAGCCCAGUCUCGUCGAACGCUGCAACGCGCACCUGGACGAGAUCGAACGCGCGGGGCUGAGGCCGAAGACGCGCUGUCGCUGGCACAUCAAGCACGACGAGACCUUCGGCAUGCUGAUAACUUCCAUGCUGCCGACUUCUGAAGCCGGUGCUCUGUUCCAUCUCAAGCCGAAGUGGCUGGCUCAGUCGCCGACGGCUCCGCCAAACGCGCGGCGCUGCAGGACGUGUGCUCUUGCUGCGAAAAGAGGAACAGACCCCACGCAGACGGUGUGUUCACUCGCACUGUGCUCCGGCGAUGAGGUCUCUGUACGAGCACAGAUUGAGAGACUUGUCGUUGGCAACGCCUUGCUGUAUAAAGAUGAGAGUCUUUCUCACGGGGGGAAUGAUCGCGCCUCUCUUCGAGCGUCCCCCGCGGCUGCUUCGACCGAAGCCAUCAUCACAAGACUCACGGCGUUGUUUCUACCGGAUGGAAAGGCCCAUAAACUUCUUAAACGGCUUUGCCUGCUACAGCAGCAUUACGACCCGUCGGGAGUUCUACGGCUGAGACCGGGUGCCGACACGUCUGACCUCGCCAUGGCAAUGACGCUGCGCGACGCUACCAUGUUCGUGAAGCUUUCUGCCGACAGUGCGGACGUGCGACUGGGCGACUUGGAUCCAAAGAGUGGCGAGAAUGAGAACAAGGUCCAGCAGUGGCGUGAGACAGAGAACGGGCUCAUCAACAACGGAUGGUACACCGGCGAAGAAGACGAGGCCUUGCGCAAAGGAGGAAAAGUCCACACGACUUGCUUCUUGUGGGACAGGUGAACUCUGUCGGUUGCGCCCGCUCGAGAUCUUCGCCUAUAUAUGAACGCGGAUGCCAUGCGCAACAUGCCUAGCCUCAAAUUAUCGAACUCAAUGCCUUAUCUUCAGGAGUGGCUCUUGCGAUUUUUGAGCAGUCAUAAACAUAUGGAUAAAGGGCCGCAAAGCAGGCGAGGCCACCAAAAGCGUCUAGCAUCUCGACCUUGGAUUACGUGAAGCGAAAGCAUCAGAGCCUGUCACGAAUGGAAACAAUGUGGCGACGGAGCGUACUACGACUUUGUUCGAAUCGCGAAAAGCACUUUAAACAUCACUUGCAUUCCAAGUACGACACGGUGGAAAAAAGAAAAAGAGAUUCUGACAGACAAAUUCAAGGGGCUUGUUCCCUAUUGAGCGACCUUUUGUCUACCAUUGAAUCUCAAUACACUGUGGUUGCAUUUGCCAAUAGCGCUUUGAGGUGAAAUAUAUGGCAAUCAAGGCGCUGCGUCAGAAGACACGCUCUCCGGCUCCUCGUCAGCGUAAUCCUGCUCGCCGUUUUCAGCCGCGGCUGCAGCGCUGGUCGGCAGGGUGCUUUCUGCAGCCUGAAGCUUCUUGAACUGCUUUUCAAGCGUCGACGGCUGUGCGAAGGUCAGUUCCGCGCGUCGGAGCAGACAAAGAAAUUCGAUCGCGCCUUACCUGAUAGUCGGUGCCGACCCCGUGCUCCUUCAUGUGCUUCGCGACGCGGGCCCACUUCUUGCAGAGCGCAUCCUUGUGCUCGGCGUCGAUGGCGUCGUCGAUGGCCGCAGCGGACGCCUUCAGCUGCUCCAUAUCCGCCUCGGCAACGCACGCGAUGGCGGCCUUGAUGCGGUUGUAGCGGUUGGGCAGCGUGGAUCCCCCGGGCUUGACGCCCGUCAUCUUCUCCCACUCGGCAUUGAUCACGGACCACGGCUUGCCCUCCUGCCAACGCACAUUAAGAUUCAGAGCACUGGCAAUUCAGGGUUAGAAGCAGCACGUACCUCCUUGAACUUCACCAGCAUUUUGUCCUCUGGUUUCAUCUCGUCCACGCUUUGGGGGAUCCACUGGCGAGCAUUGGCUGGUGAGCCUUUUGCCUUCUUAGCCGACUUGACGCUGUUCUCUUCGUCCUCGGUAGCCCGCUUGGCUGGCGUCGUCCUCUUCGACCUGGGCGUUUUUGGCGUCUUAGGCUCCUUAGCAGCAGUCGACAUCUUCAUGUCGGACGUAGCAUCUUCCGGAGUGGUAGGGCGGUCAGUGGCUUUGACUCCUGGAUUGUUGGACUUGCUGGUAUCGGCACUAUCAACGACGGGAUCUGCCGUCUCAGCAUUUUGUGGCAAAGGAAGAGCCUCCGGCUCGGGUAUCGACAGUGACGCAUUGCUUUCGGUCAUUUUGGAGGUGUUUCUUUGAGGACACUGUCAGUGUUGAGCAGAUUACGGUGGAAGGUGAGAAACGGAUUGAAUGUCUUUUUGAAUGGGAAAGCAGACAAAGUAAGCUCUCAGGGGUCCGGGACGAAAGGAGUGUCAACUUGUAUUGUACAGGCAACAAUCAGAUCUGAAU